AUGAGUGGAAUUAAUCCUGAUUUUAAAAAAGAAAUUUCUCGACAUGAAUCCUGUAUGAACGUAUUAAAUGAAUUUUUAAAAUAUGCCAAAAUCGAACAAGACUUGUAUGAUACUUUUGAAAAAUCUAAUCAAUUAUCAAUCGAACAUAAACAACAUAAUAUUAAUAUUAAUUAUCAGCAAGUUCCUUCAUUUACAGCUAUGAUUGAUCAACCGAAGCAAUAUAAUAAUUAUAAAAAAAGAAAUGAUUAUUCAUAUCAUUUAUCUAGCCAGAGCUCUGUCUUUCAACAGAACUCGAUUCAUCAAGCUGAAUAUAGAUCAACAUUUAUAUCUAGAACACCAAUACAAAUUAAUUCACAACAAAAAACAUUUAAUAAAAAACAUAUUAAUAUUCAAUUUACAUCCCAACAACAAUUUAAUAAUUGCAAAAUUUGUGGUCGAACAAAUCAUUGA